AUGCCACCCAUCGCUGUCAUGUCACCCAGCACUGCCGUGUCACCCAUCCCUGUCAUGUCACCCAUCGCUGCCAUGUCACCCUUCGUUGCCAUGUCACCCAUCGCUGCCAUGUCACCCAUCGCUGCCAUGCCACCCAUCGCUGUCAUGUCACCCAGCACUGCCGUGUCACCCAUCACUGUCAUGUCACCCAUCGCUGCCAUGUCACCCUUCGUUGCCAUGUCACCCAUCGCUGCCAUGUCACCCAUCGCUACCAUGUCACCCAUAACUGCCAUGUCACCCAUCGCUGCCAUGUCACCCAUCGCUGCCAUGUCACCCAUCGCUGCCAUGUCACCCAUCGCUGCCAUGUCACCAUCACUGCCAUGUCACCCAACACUGUCAUGUCACCCAUCACUGCCAUGUCACCCAUCCACGUGUUCUCUUCUAGGCAAAUAA